AACACCAGCGUCGUCGGAUAAGUGUCUAGAAAGGUUCCGUGUUCCGUGGAUUGAUCGCAGGCUAGAAGACGAUAUAAAGGACCGUGCUCGCCAGGUAUCACAUCAUUAGUUUCGUCGGUCACAGCGAGAUGAGAGCCACGUUCGCACUUGUACUCAGUUUACUGUGUUUUUUCGAGUUGUCGUUUCACGCUGCUUCUGGUGAAAUGAAAAUUUCAAAAGAUGAGAGCGGUAACACAGUCAUCACUUUUCCGAGAAGUAUUUGCUUUAGGUCUGAAGGAGUAGAAGAGGGAGAUGAAAACGAGAGAGCAAGUGGCCUGGAAACUGUUGUGAACGCUUUAGCAGAUUGCAGUAAGCAAGGAAAGGGAUACGACAGAGUAGCCAAGAAAUGUACGUCUUCACCUGCCGUGCAGUCCUCCAUUGUUGCCAAUCCGUCGAAACACGGUGAUAGACCGUACCGUGUCAGUCUGUUAUACUGCCAUUGGGAUAGAUCAAAAUUCUCGUCAUGCUCUCCUUCAGGCCACGCUUACGGUGGAGUCGCAAACUUCCAGACAUCUGCAGCCCGAGCGUCAGGCACUACUCUCACUAUAGCAUUCCAGUCGGCAUACGCCACACAACCAAUGUGUAGCGUGACGUUUGAAAAUUUGGCCGCCUUUGCUCUAGUCAACACGGAAGCAAACAACAUGGCCAUUUCUCUACGAGACACAAAUGGAAACGGCAAAAACUGGUCAUCUACCAAUACCUGGAUGUAUGUUAUCUGCCAUGGCCACAUGUGACAGCUAGACGACAGCACAUUGUCGUUUUCAGAAAAUUUUGUGUUGGUUGGUACUUCUGCACGCGUGCAUAGCUAGGUAGCUCUAGAGUCUGACUUGCAACGCUCUAGCUUGAUGAUCUGUGAUAUCGUUUUCAGAAUAUUUGUGUUGGCUGGUACUUCUGCACGCAUGCAUAGCUUGGUAGCUCUACAGUCUGACUUGCAACGCUCUAGCCUAGUGAGCUGUGAUGUGGGGACUUAAAUAUAGC